GCCGCGCCGCGUGAGGGAAGCGGAGCGGCGGGCGCCCGGCCUGCCUUCCCGCCCUGCUGCUGCUGCUGCUGCUGCUGCUUUGCGCCCUUGUCCGGCGGGAACCCAUGCCGGCCCCCUCGAGCCCCGCGGGCUGAGGCGAGAGAGGCCCGGGCGCGGGCGGCGCUGAGGGCUCGUCCGGAGCCCCCCGAGGCGGCGGAGGGAUGCCGGGCCGGCUGCUGCCCCCCGGGCUCGGCUGGGGCGGCCUCGGACUCUGCUGCCUGUGGCUUGGCGGUGGCCAGGCGGCUCCGCUGCCGCGAGCGGGGGCAGGAGAGGAGGCAGCCAUUGAAAUUUCCUUUUCCCUGGUGGUUCUUUCUGCCUGUGGCCUCUUAGUUUUGAUACUGCUGCUUGUAAACUGUGUCUCCUGCUGUAAAGGUCAAGAGAUUAACUUCAAGGAAUUUGAAGACAAUUUUGAUGAUGAAAUAGACUUCACCCCACCUGCAGAAGACACACCAACAAUUCAGUCUCCAGCGGAAGUGUUUACACUUACAGUCCCCAGUGUUUCUCUACCAGCUCCGUCACAAUUCCAACUUCCAGCAGAAGAUCUGAAAUCUCAGGUUGCCCGUCAGAAUCUCAAUUAUAUUCAAGAAAUAGGAAACGGAUGGUUUGGAAAGGUUCUGCUGGGGGAGGUUUACACCGGCACCAGUGUGGCUAGAGUCGUCGUGAAGGAGUUGAAAGCUAGCGCCAAUCCCAAGGAGCAAGAACGGUUCUUGAGGCAUGGGGAGCCAUAUUUCACUCUUCAGCAUCCAAAUAUUCUCCGCUGUACCGGCCAAUAUGUGGAAGCAAUUCCUUAUCUGUUGGUGUUUGAAUUUUGUGACUUGGGUGACCUAAAAACGUAUCUUUGCAACGAGGAGGAUAAUAUUAAAGGGGAUUCUCAAAUAAUGCUGCUACAGAGAAUGGCCUGUGAGAUUGUUGCGGGACUUGUCAUGAUGCACAAACACAAUUGUGUGCAUGGUGAUUUAGCUUUAAGAAAUUGCUUCCUGACAUCUGACUUAAAUGUAAAAAUUGGAGAUUAUGGAAUAGGAUUCAGUAGGUACAAGGAAGAUUAUAUUGAAACGGAUGAAAAUAAGCUUGUACCUCUUCGGUGGACUGCCCCAGAGCUGGUGACGAGCUUUCAGGAUCGGCUGUUAACGGCAGAGCAAACGAAGUACAGCAACAUCUGGGCCCUGGGAGUGACGCUGUGGGAACUUUUCAGCGGUGCUACGAAGCCUUAUUCGGAUCUCUCUGACAAGGAGGUUUUGGCGCAGGUCAUAAAAGAAAAACGGACCAAGCUCUCCGAACCACACCUCGAGCAGCCGUAUUCGGAUAGAUGGUAUGAAGUUCUGCAGUUCUGCUGGCUGUCUGCAGAAAAGCGAGCAACUGCGGAGGAAGUACAUAAGCUUUUAAUCUAUCUCUGCCUGCAAAGCCAAAGGGAUUCUGUAAUUGAUCCCGAACAGUGGGAUGAUCUCAAGCCGAACAUUUCAAACAGAGAACCUUUGGGCAGUUCUGCCUUUCCAAUCCUGGAUCAUUUCACUGGCAGCAGGUUUGGUCGUGAGAUGGAAGAAGUUCUCACGGUGACCGAAACGAGUCGAGGACUCAACUUUGAAUACAUCUGGGAGGCAGCCAAACACGACCACUUUGAAUGUAGCCAGUCAGAUUCUGUGGAAGGGAAGACCUACACAAGCAUCUUCUUCCCAGUGGAAGUUUUUGAGAACACGUUGACAGAGCAAGGGCCUGGAGCCCAGGUUGAGAGUGGACAGGAACUUUCCCUACAUGUGCCUGGGGAACUUCCUGUGUUUAAUGCCCGUAAGCCUUCUUUGGGAAGUGAUUAUUACAUCCAGUUAGAAGAAAAGAAUGGAGGCCUUAAUAGUGUAAACCUUGACCACCAGGCUGCUGUAUUGACCACAGAAGUGGACAACCCUGAAGUCCUGGAAGACAAAAAUUCUCACGUCGUGGUUCUAGGGCACUUUGCUGCUGAAUCUACUACAGAUGGGGAUGUUUUCUGUUAUAAUACAGACCCCAUGGAAGAGAAUUUACACAGGGUUGGCCUGGUUAGCCCUUCCCAGAGUAUAUUUAGUGGCAUCGCCAGAAAUGAGCAGCUGGCAAAUGUGAUCAACAGACUUGAUUUAGCUGAUAUAAAUGAUAUUCAUCUGGAGCUGGAAGCAGUUUCAUGCUCAGAUCGCAAGGAAUCUACCGAUGAUCUGCCCAAGAAGGGAAGUCCCUCACCCACUUUUCAAAAUGAAGCUGUUUAUCUGCAGGAGGAUACCUCACAGGAUUCUGAACUUAGCCUGCUGACUUUAGAGGAGCUAUCUGAUAACUUCCUUUUUCUUCAGGAGAAGAAUUUAUUGAAGCGGACAGUGAGUAAUGAAGGUGGUGGUGAUCUCAGAAGAGCACAUGACCCAACAAAUAAACUAGAGCCACCAAGUACAAACUCUUUGGGAGUUGAAUGUAACAUGAGUGGAAGUGCUCGCGACACUAAAGAUGAGCUUCUUGUGCGAAUAGAGCCCCAUCCAAGCACCCUUGUGCAGAGUCAAAUGCUUUCUAGUUCACCUGUGGUAGAUAAGCAGCUCCUGUUCUCCUCAUCCGACACUAAAAAAAACCUUUCUAGCAUAGAGGUUGAAGAUACCUCUACUCAUAGUAUUGCUGCCUCUCACCUUGGAACGGAACAAGUCUCUGAACUUGGUUCGACGGAUAUCCAGUCCACAAAUGUCCAAAACCAGACUGAUGGGAUCGACUCCUGUCACGGUGUUGCACUCAGUGCUCGAGAAGAAAGACAGAAAAAGAAAGAGGAACUUAAAGACAGUAGUAACUCUUGGGAGUUGACCCAUGAUUUAAACACUAAGAAAUCAGAACGAGAUAAUGCCUGUGUUCUGGAGCAAAGUGAUAGAACGUCUCAAGUUCAAAGGCCUGACAAAGAGGAUCUUUUUCCCACAGAUCAUAUGAGUCAUGACAGUCUACUAGAAGACAGCUUAUCAAUUUCAACCCAGAGCCUGGGACAACUGGUAGAUACACCAGACUCAUUCGAGGCAUUAGAUGUUAAUGAAGUUUUAGAAUCCUUUGAACCAGAGAGUCCCCAGAAAUUUUUACCACCUGAUAAACCUGCUGAUAGUGGCUAUGAAACUGAAAAUCUAGAAUCUCCCGAAUGGACUUCACAUCUUGUUGGCAGCAGUUCUAAUGAAUCUGCUUUAUCUAGUGCUGGUGGUGAUCUCUCGCACGAUAACCCCAUGAUAAUUGUGUCAGCCAAUGUGAAUUCUUAUGCAGAAACAACAGAUAUCAUGGAUAAGUUUGAAACACCCUCUAAAACCGCUUUUGAGGGCGUGCAUAAUUCAUACAGGGAUUCGGCCUAUUUUUCUGAUAAUGAUUCUGAGACAGAUAAGAAAUCUGAGGCUAUGAAUCCAUCAAAAGAGCCAACAGUAUUAACAAAGGACAACGCUGAUUCACUUGAAAUGGAAAGUACUGGGAAUACAGAAAAUGGUUUAAGUGGCAAUCAAAUAGCUAGUUAUUGGUUCACCCAUAACUCGACCUCCCAGCUGCAUGUGGAUGGAAAAGCAGAGGACCACGAGUCUGAUGAAACAAAGCAGGAAUGGCUGCAUAAAACUGAUGUUACCACUUUGUUGCCACCUGUCACCGACCUAGAACAUACAGAUGAAGAUGAAAUAUAUGAGGAUUUCCCCAAAAGUGUAUCUUGCACAGGAACCAGUACAGCAGAUUUUUUUCCUGAGGGUGAUUUAAAGCUCAUGCCAGACUUACAUGGGCCUCCUGAAGUCUUUGAAAAAAACAUAUUGUGUCACCUUGAAGGCCAUAAGUUAAAAGAACCAGAUAUUGAAGGAAAGUAUCUUGGUAAACUUGAUGUUUCUGGGAUGCUGGAUCUCUCAUUAGAUGAAGAUGAUGCUGACGAGGAAGAUGGAAACAGCGAUGAUUCUGAGGAUGAUAUGAAAACUUUCCACCUUCAUGGGCUUAGCUCUGACAGUGAUGAGGAAAUUAUGCAUCAAGUGCCAGAAAUCCUUAGUGAUGGGAAUGAUGGAAAAUAUCUAAGGAGCUUGCUGAAACAUCCAAAGCGAUACGGGGAGAGCAACCCUACUGAAACCUUUCGGAAGAAUGAAAGAAAAGCAGUAACUUUCUUUGAUGAUGUCACCGUGUAUCUUUUUGAUCAGGAAACACCAACCAAAGAACUGGGAAACCGAGCUGCCGAACCAAACCAUCCCAACUCAAGUCACACUCCCGCUUUAGCUUCUACUUUGGGCUACUUGAAUAAAUUCACAAAUUCAGAAAGCUCUACGGACGAAGAAGGAGGAGGUUUUGAGUGGGACGAUGAUUUCCCUUCUCCGGGGCCCUCCAUGAUCCUAACGGCCGCAAGCAGGCUCAUCAGCUCCAAGCCUUCUCUUCAGACCGCAAAGUACCUCUCCCCUCCACCACCGCCCCGAAGCCCUGAGCAGGAGUGGUCCCACCCGUCACCUUACUCCAGGUUCUCUAUCUCACCGGCAACCAUCGCAAGCUUUUCGCUCACUCACCUUACGGAUUCUGAUAUCGAACAAGGAGGCAACAGUGAAGAUGGAGAAAAAGAUUAAGAACUGAAGCUCCCCUCUGUCUGUUCUCAUGGUUGCGGGGAAUACCUCUGCUUUGGGCUAAGAGCCAUUUUGAAAAAGUUGCACCUGACGACGAUCUGCUGAAGCCCUACAAUCAAAACGACUGAAGGAACUUGCAGUCAGGACCAGAACUGGGAGUGGAUGUAUUUCACGGCGUACUAUUUUUGAAAACUGGUGCAUUUUGCAUUUCCUCUUUAAACAAAAACAAAAACAAAAAACUAGACCUCCCUAUGCUAGUUCACUCCCAGUACUUGAAAUAACCUCCGGAUGAUUUGUACAACGGUAAUGUUCUGGUUUAUAUACAGGAUUGUAACAUACUUAUUUUGAGUAACCAUGUAUUAUCUGUAUGAAUGUGUACAAUUGUAUAUAGUUGAGCUGCAGAUAAUUACAUUCCUUGAUCCGGCUGAGAGUUGUGUAGCAAGCCAUAUUUUGUAGGUUUUGCUCAUUGCUUAGCUAUAGGCGCGCUAGUUGUAUCCUUGCCAAGUCCCUUUGCACUGUACAAAGCCAUUCUGGACCAACGGGAAUCGUAGUUUGGGCUCGUUGAAAUUGGUUCCCUUUUACUCCUGUGUCUCUUUCCACACAAUCUAUUUGUCAGAACGUACAGAACUUGAGUCUUCCGGUUAUUGUUUUGUUUUUAAGGAUUUCUGAAACUUUAUGUGCUAUUUAUGUUUCUAAAGGGGCAACUCACUUUGAGAGAGAAAGGAAGGUAAUUCUCAUUUGCAAUUGAUGGGUGUUGAUGGACUGACUUUUUAUUUGUAGUUGGCUAAAAAUGGUGGUGAUGGUGGUGGGGUACUGGUUUUUGGGUUUUCCUUGUUUUUUCUAGGACAAAGUCUCUGGGAUUUUGUUUGAUAUGGGUGUUUGUGGAAUGUCUGUGUGCAUCCUUGUCCAAAUGAUGUUCUUGGUUACUGGGCAGCUUGUAGUAUUGUUCCUAUCAUCUUCAGGGAUCUGUCAACAUUUCUGGUAGGCAAUCUGAGAGAAGAUUGCUUCACUUCUGCUGUUAGUGAUCUUUCUUUUUGACGUCAGGUGCCUGUAAAAAAAGAAGCUUUAAUAAGUUUGGGCUCUUUGGGUCUUCCUGGGUGUCCUGGUUCUCAAGCAUGAGUGUGCGUCACAGCAGUCUUCAGGAUGCAUUUGAGUUUUCCAUGACUGAUGUAAAUGGGACUUCCCGUAAAUUUUCUCCCAAAAUUUCUCUCAAAAUAACUGUCUCAAGGUCUUCAAGGGUGCAGGCUGCAAACUUAUGGGCUAAUAGGCAGUAUUUCAUUAAACCCAGCUGUUCUAGGCCUGCUUAAAGGAUCUUUUCUGAGCUCCAGUCCUCUUCACAUAGACCUAUCCUGAACAUUCCUACAGUAGAAGACUCGGGCUGCGACAAGCACAGCUUUAAUUACACAUUGUGUGGACAAAUAGCUUUGCUUCUCACUAAAACGGUUCUCUUUUUUUCUUUUUUUACUUACCUCAUUCUAAAAACAAGCAUUUGAGCUCUUAUGUAUAUUUUGCACCCAUAGUUUGGUAGAGGAAGAACAUGCUUGCCACCCUAUUUGUAACGCUGUUGGUCUGCUUAAAGGAUGAGUUUUUGAGAACUUCUCUGAAAGAAAGAACUGUAGGAAAGAAUGGAAAGCAUGGGUGUUUCAGCUAGAUCAGUGUUC